CCAUUCAGUCUGCAUGAAUACGGAGUGAGGAGAGGACAGGAGCACUGGGAGUACUGAGACUGGGUGGACACAGUGGAUUGGACGGACCGGACCGGACCCGGGCAGGCGGACAUGGAUGGACAGAACGGCAGCAGCAGCAUCUGCUCCCGGCCACACGGUACCGUGGCGGACGGCAAGAAGAAGAAGAAGAAAAUCCCCGACAGAGUAACUCUGAAGAAGGAGAUCGGGCUGCUGAGCGCCUGCACCAUCAUCAUAGGUAACAUCAUCGGCUCCGGGAUCUUCAUCUCCCCAAAGGGGGUCCUGGAGCACUCGGGGUCAGUUGGUUUAGCAUUGGUGGUUUGGCUACUAGGAGGCUGCAUCGCUGCCUUGGGCUCCCUCUGCUAUGCUGAACUGGGCGUCACCAUCCCCAAAUCUGGAGGAGACUACUCCUAUGUCACAGAGAUAUUCGGUGGUCUGAUGGGGUUUCUUUUGUUGUGGAGUGCCGUCCUCAUCAUGUACCCGACCACGCUGGCUGUCAUCGCCCUCACUUUCUCCAGCUAUGUCCUGCAGCCCGUUUUCCCAAACUGCGUUCCUCCGUACAUGGCGACACGGAUGCUGUCUGCCACCUGUCUCUUACUGCUGACCUGGGUGAACUGCUCCAGCGUUCGAAUGGCUACCAGGAUCCAGGAUGUCUUCACGGUGGGGAAGCUGAUGGCUCUCGGCCUCAUCAUUGUCGUUGGUUUGGUCCAAAUCUGCAAUGGGAACUAUGAGGCGCUGACUCCUCAGGUGGCCUUUUCCCUGGAGAGGACGCCGUCCGUUGGUCAGAUCGCUCUGGCCUUCCUGCAGGCCUCCUUCGCCUUUAGCGGCUGGAACUUCCUCAACUACGUCACAGAGGAAGUGGUUGAACCCAGACGGAAUCUACCUCGUGCCAUCUACAUCUCCAUACCAUUGGUGACCUUUGUGUACACACUCACCAACAUCGCCUACUUCUCCUCCAUGUCGCCCGAGGAGCUGCUGUCAUCCAAUGCCGUGGCUGUAACAUUUGGAGAGAAGUUGCUGGGAAUGUUCUCCGUCAUCAUGCCCAUCUCCGUGGCUCUGUCCACCUUUGGAGGAAUCAAUGGCUACCUGUUCACCUCUUCCAGGUUGUGUUUCUCUGGAGCCAGAGAGGGUCACCUGCCCAGCCUGCUGGCCAUGAUCCAUUAUAAGAACUGCACGCCCAUCCCUGCCCUGCUCGUCUGCUGCGCUGCCACCAUUGUUAUACUCUGCAUCGGAGAGACCCACAACCUGAUCAACUACGUCUCCUUCAUCAAUUAUCUGUCAUAUGGCGUCACCAUCGCGGGUCUGCUGUACUACCGCUGGAAGAAACCCAACCUGUACCGACCCAUCAAGGUGAACCUGUUGGUUCCUGUGUGCUACCUGAUGUUCUGGGCACUGCUGCUGGGUUUCAGUCUUUACUCGGAGCCAGUGGUGUGUGGCGUUGGUUUAGUCAUCAUGCUCACCGGCGUACCUGUCUACUUCCUGGGUGUCCAUUGGAAAGAAAAACCAAAGUGUAUCUACAACUUCAUUGAGAGGGCGACGUACGUGGGCCAGAGGUUGUGUUUCGUGGUUUUUCCUCAGUUUGACCCCAUCGAGAUCGCCACUCCGUCAGAAUGGACUGACCGGUCUUCAGGCAGGAGCAGUUUGUCUGCCAAUUCUUAAAACUUUUACCUGAAUAUAUACAGAUCUUUGUUUUUGCUUUUUGUUUUUACUCCUCAUCACUGUGUACGUCCAGACACUUCCUCCUGGUAUGGGAGCUUCCUGUCUGACCUUUGACCUUCUGAGACUCUGGUUUCCCUACAGUCAAGUGGAAACGCCUGUUCUUCUGCGCGGGCUGCUUGCACUUUUUAUUUUUUCUUCUCUUUUCUACUAAGUCGUCUAGUACAACAACCUAAUGCCAAGUGUCACACUGUGAAAAGGACUUUUAUUCCCAAUUUGGACCCAUUCUGUAACAUGACAGAACUCUGACUGACUGAUGGUUAUUUCUUCUGAAUGUUUCUGGUGUUAAAUGUGCCUUCAGACCUUUUCACACCAAGUCCCAAACAAAUUUGGUAUUCUGAAAACAAACAAACAAAUAAUUCUAGACAUCUGCAGGCCACCAACAGCUUUUAUGUGUUUUUAUUGUGACUGCUCAGUAUCAUGUCACCAUUUUCCCUCUAAUAUGCAUGUUGGCAUGCUCCUCCUUAUCUCUGAUAAACCUAAUUAAUGGGAGGAAAUAACUUAUUGUUUUUUUCAGAAGAACAGGUUGAUUAGCUUGUUUUCUUAUAUAUUGAGAUAAUUAAUCUUGAGAUAUGUUUAGAUAAUUUUAAGACAGCGCCUUUGAAAAAAAAACCCUUCACAACCAUUGUCUUGGCUUCCAUUGCUUUGAUUUGAGCCUUAGCCUUGAACAAAAACUUACUCAACAGGAUGAUGUGUGGUUCACUCCAUGUCUAGAUAAGAUUAGUAUCUUAAAAACUGUUGAAUGUAUAUGUUUUCAUGGUCCCCAGAGGAUAAUUCAUGACUUUUCGGACCCCCUGACUUUUCUUUUUAUUGCCACUAUGACGUUCACAUUUGUCGUUUUGAGUGAAGUGUCUCGACAACUAUUAGAAGGACAACCAUGUGAUUUGGUUCAUUCAUGUUCCCCUCAGGAUGAAUUGUAAGAGAUUUGUUACAUUCAUUGUGAUAUUAGUGCUCAUUAACAAAUGUUAGCAUGCUAACAUGCUAAAUAAAGAUUGUAAAUGAUUCAGGAAUCGUUCAGAAACAGAUGAAAAAAAUGGAAAUAAUAAUGAACAUUAGACCUGUUUAUCAUUAGCAUAAUUAUCAUUCUCACUGUGUGCAUGUUAGCAUGCUGAUGUUAGCGUUUAGCUCAAAGCACCGCUGCAUUCAGGCACAGCCCCACAGAGCUGCUCGUAUGGCUGUACACUCUGAAAAGAAGAUCUAAUGUUUAUUUAAUAAAAAGGUUCAAAUUAAAGGUCGCCAAUCGAACAGAGAAGGGUGUUAGCCCCAACUAGUCCAGACCUGGCUGAAACAAAAGCUGGGCAGGAAGGGCCAAAUAGUAAAAACAUUUUUAGAUUCCAGCUAAAUAUUUGAAUAUGUGUCCUGGAUGAGAAAUUGUUGCAAUGGUUUGUGGGAGCUGUAGUUUUUUAUUUGCUUCUAACAAUUGAAUUGUUGCAAACUUUGGGUUUGAAUUAACAUCAACUGCUGCAAUAGAUACUAAUUUAUCUCAGCAAACAGAACAUGUUUCACUUUUUCAGAAACAUCAGUAAAAGUUACUCUCAAUGAGAGAUUACACUGAGUUUCAGAAGCCAGUGGUUGGACACUAAAUCAAGACUUCAGCUCUCUAUUCUCCAUGUUGUUGUCCUCCUCCAAAAGUCAGAGGUUUACUGAGUUAUCUGGAUAAUUAAAACACCUGUAAACCUGCUACUUGGAUCACAUCCUGUUUAUUAUACAUAUGUGAACAGCAGAAUAUAGAUAUUUUCUUUUAGACAAACACACAUAAACAUCAAAAAUCAAAAUGGCUUCAAAUAACAUCAACAUCAACAAUAUGAAUUUAAAAAAAUGUCACACUUGGUGUAAAAAGGUCUUUACAGGGAAAAAUGUAUAUUGAAAUGUUUAUUAACUGAUUCACUAUAUUAGAUUUUAAUAUAUUUUGCAUGUGCCUUCCGCUUUGUGUAUUGCAUUUGAUUAUUUGAAAAGCACUUUGGUCUUCCAUUGUCUGUUAUCUUGUCGCUCAGUAUGAAAUCUUUUCCUCUCAUUUGUAAAACCAGAUGAUGCUGGACUAAUUUUGCACAAAGCCUGAGACCAAGGCCAAGCUUAAGUUUAUUAAUCUGUUGUUAACAAAGUAGUCUGGUUUGUUAUUGACUUACACUGUGACUGUACUCAGAGUUUGAAAUACUUAUACAUCAUUACAGCAAAGUAAGAUUUUAAAAUGCUGUUGUGGCAGCUUCUGUAUAUUAAGCAAUGCUAAUGCAAUGUGUGACUGAGACAAAAUUGUCCCCCCUUUUUAAAUUUUUUUUUCUUUACAAAUAUUCCACAUCUAUAUAAUUACAAAUAGUCCAAGCACUUUUUUUUUGCUCCAGUUGGCUUUACAAAGAUAACCUUUAUAGUUAGCUGGACUCGGGAGAUCACAAAAUCACAUGUAGUCAGGUAACUAUAAAUGAUACAAAGUCAACUUUCAAUAACUUCUGACUCUGUGUGGUUAUGAAUAAUAUAGGACAUAAAACUUUCCAUUGAUAUUAUUUUGUUUUUGUUGUCAGACAACUGUGCUCUUAUAAGGCAGUGAUUUAACUGAGAAUUACAUUAUUGUUAGCCAAUUAGCACUUUUAGACUCAUUCAAAUCAUCAUUUUAUAGAUGUGCAGUUGUUUGAUUGAUAAAAACAUUAACAUGACAGAGUACCUGUUUUUUGUGAAACACCAUCAUGUGAAAUACGAGUACAGUUUGUACAGUCACACAAAUGUCUCGGAGCAACAUCCCUGCCUGUCAGUUUAGGAAGCAGUAAAAAGUGUUAAUGUGCUGUGUGCCAGUUCAUUUUUAACAAAUCUGUAUCUCUGGUUUCAUUGCAAGUUUAUUACUAAAGCAGUUGUUGCUAGUGGUUUUGAAUGUUGGCAAGCUAACUGUGUAGCCUCGAGCUGUGUCCCAAUGUUAACUGUCACUGUCUAACAUGGGUGAACUGCAACCAAUCAGAUCUGGUCACUCAGCAAAAUUGGAAGUAAGACUGAGUAACACUGCUGUGUCCAUGUCUUAUUGAUCCAUCCAUGCUCCUCUUCCACAGAGACUGACAUGACCAUGUUUCCACAAUAGUCCAAAAUAGACAAACCAAAAAUUCAUUUUUCACUGUAGUUUCUUCUACACACUGAGGUAAGGGGUAUUCAGUUGGUUGAAAUCUGCGACUUCACCACUAGAUACCGCUAAAUCAUACACCUACACACCGGACCUUUAAACUUAAGAGAGAAAGAAAAUAUAUUUAUAAGAUUUUUUUUUAGUAUUUGUCAAUUAAUUGCAAUUACUUUUUGCAGAUGUGAGUGGUACUGCCAUUUUCUUUGUGCAUUGCAUUAUGGGAUAUUAUUUCACCAACAUUUAAUUAGUGAACUUCUGGGUAUAAACUUUAUGCUCAGAAUGUGCUUUGAAGGAGUUUACAGCAUGAUAUUGGAACACAGCUUCUUUCAUUCAUGCCCAAGUUUACAACUGUUAUUAUGUUUUACAAUCUGCCUCUUUGUUUCACCUGCUUCUGCUUGAAUGUAGAGACCAGCUGACUCGUUUAACAUUUAACAUUUGUUUUCAGUAUUUAAAUUGCAGUAGAUGCCCUGCUUAUAUGAGAAUCUCUCUUCAACAGUUGCCAUAUAAUUAAAGAGAAAUGCCACUCCUUAUAACAACCUUAUUCAUGUAAAAUUUUAAGUCUUGUGCUUUAACUACACCACGGCUGUAACCUCCAGAGAAAGUUGUUUGUUUCUGAUCACUAUGGUUUCAUUUUAAGUCUAAACACACCAUGAAUGCAGCUGUAUUUUGUCCUAAAUCUUCUAGACCUUCGUUACAUUACCCCAAAUAAAUCAACAUGAUUUUUAAGGAUCUACAGCAAACCUA